AUAUAUGGAACAUAGUAUAAGGCACUCUCAAUAAGAAAUUGUUCUGAGAAACAUCAAGCAACUAAGGUAGAUCCAUCAAAGAGGGGCGACCUGAUAUACACAUAGGUUAAUAAGAAGAUGGGUCUGUUACAUAAUAUGGCAAUUCUUCUAACAAUUGCAGUUGCUGCAACAAUUCUAAAAAGCACGGAAGCAGCAGAAUACACAGUAGGAGAUAGCACUGGUUGGAUAAAUUCUCCUUCUGGUGGAGCUUCAUUCUACUCCAACUGGGCUUCCAAUAUCACAUUCAGAGAAGGAGACAUCCUAGUGUUCAGAUUCACGGCAAGCCACACGGUGGCAGAACUAAAGGACAAGGCAAGCUUCGACGGUUGCAACGUAAAUGAGACCAACGAAGUGAUAACGACAUCACCAGCGAGAAUCACGCUCAACCGCACUGGGGAGUUCUAUUUCGCAUGCACUGUCCAAGGCCACUGCAACAGCGGCCAAAAGCUGAGUGUUAACGUCACCGGGGGCACACCCUCGUCGUCGCCGUCACCCGCACCAUCUCCAUCACAAGCUUCUCCUCCUUCUGGAACCACCCAAGAAACCCCACCACCUCAAUCCACACCCACUGAGCCAGGUUCCACCACUCCUCCUCCUCCUUCGCCCGGAUCAGCUUCAACCCACGUUGCAACUUUCUCUCUUCUCAUCAUCACGCUCCUAGUAAACACAUUCUUCUAGAAGACCCAUUUUUUUUUAUUAUUAUUAUUAUGAUUGGUUUUUUCGAUUUCUGUGUUGGAUUUUCUAUAUUCAGUUUGUCAUACACAUGUAGGGUAUACGUGGUUUCAUUUUGUUUAGUGAUCGAAUAAAUUGCACUUGUUUCGUUAUACAUGUGGAUCAAUAAAAAAUUAUUUGUCA